GCAUGCCCUGGACCGGACCCCAGGUGGAGCUUCCUGCUGGCGGAGCAGAGGCCAUGGACCAGUCCAACGUAGACGACCACCCCUUUGAUGGCUCCCUGUUCCCCACCUCCACCCUCAUCCCCGUCACUGUCAUCUGCAUCCUCAUCCUCAUCAUCGGGGUGAUGGGCAACACCAUGACAAUCCUCAUCAUCCUGCACUUCAAGGACAUGAAGACCACCACCAACCUGUACCUGUCCAGCAUGGCCGUGUCUGACCUGCUCAUCUUCCUGUGCCUGCCCUUCGACCUGUACCGCCUGUGGAAGUACGUGCCCUGGCUGUUUGGGGAGGUGGUGUGCCGCUUCUAUCACUACAUCUUUGAGGGCUGCACCUCGGCCACCAUCCUUCACAUCGUGGCGCUGAGCGUUGAGCGCUACCUGGCCAUCAGCUUCCCCCUCAGGAGCAAAGGGGUGCUGACCAGACGCCGGGUCCAGUACAUCAUCCUCGCCCUGUGGGGUUUUGCCCUGGUGUCUGCAGCUCCAUCCCUCUUCCUGGUUAGCGUGGAGUAUGACAAUGACACGAACCCGGACUACACCACCGGGCAGUGCAAGCACACCAACUACGCUAUUGGCUCUGGGCAGCUGUACAUCAUGCUCUGGGUGUCCACCACCUACUUCUUCUGCCCGAUGCUCUGCCUCACCUUCCUCUACGGCUCCAUCGGGUACAAGCUGUGGAGAAGCAAAAAUGACCUGCAAGGCCCCUGUACUGUGGUCCGGGAAAGGUCCCACAGGCAGACUGUCAAGAUCCUGGAGGAGCUGAAGCAGCGCGUAAGAGCUUAUGCGACAGACUGUCCUGCCAUCACCUGGGGAAAGAUCAGCGAGCAGCACGACUCCUCCGCUGGAAGCUGCACUAAAACGGAGGUUAUUCGGGAGAAAGGUCUGCAUGGCAACCCCUCCUGUUGCCACGCUGCUCUGUGCUUGGCCUCCGGUGCCGUCUCCUUCUCUCUCCUCCUGCCCAAACCCAAAGCUUCUCCCACACAGAGCUCACUCAGCAGCCAAUCGGCCACUGCUUGCUGUGAAAGCUGCUCUAAUGAAGAGCCCAGGGAAUUUGAUGACCACCUAAACAUGAAAGCUUGA